AUGAGCGAGGAUGCUUCAAUCAAAAUUUAUAAAGAUCAAGCACAACGGCAAGCUAACAGCCUCAUCAAACACACUUCAAAGAGAUUGGUUCGCGUGUUUCCAGCAAAUAUGCGCAUCACCUCGGACAACUUCCUUCCCUAUAUCCAUUGGAUCAUGGGAGUCCAGAUGGUAGCCCUUAAUUUUCAAACAAAUUCCACUGAAAUGCUGAUGAAUCACGCGAUGUUUGAGCAGACCGCCAAUUGCGGGUUAUUUCCGCGCUUUUCCUUCCCGCGAAGAUCAGAGCACUCUCUGUGCUAUGUAACUUUGGAUUUGUUCGAUCUUCCACAACAAGAAAGAAUUAGCACAUCGUACCGAGUCUCCAGUACCGACACAGCCGGAUUCCAUACCCAUUUCAAAUCUAGACAGGCAGUAUUUGAGAAGAUUGUGAUGCCAGAAACUGCGUUUUUGCAACUGUGCGUCUCAUUCUCUUCGCCAAAUGGAAACCCAACGCCACCGGCAUAUUACAGAAUUCUCUCGCUCAGUAGGCUUCAAAACGGUUACCGGCAUGUGAUUCUGCGGUCUAUUGGAAACCGGAACCUUGGUCCCACUUCGCUAUUUGUACAUUUCGACAUUUUCUACUAUGUAAAAAAGACUCAGAUUUCAUUGCACAGCGGGUUGAUGGAUCCAUUCUCUUGUGAGAGGAAAAACGAAUCGCUUUCACAGGCCUUGAGGUAUCCUUUCAUGAAACAGGAUGAAGUAGAAGAAGAAGAAGAAGAAAAUGAUGAUUACCGGCAGGCAAUCGUCGGCACUACGAGCAAACGUAAUGACGACAUGGAUCACCCAACUCCACCAGUGUCUCCGACAGCCGAUACGUUCACUUUGAAAAUGACCAAGAAAUUUGAGAAGUUCCGCAAGUACUUCAAAUGA